ACCCAAGCGUAAAAGUCAAGUUUAUUUACUUUUGCAAACGAAUGCUAACUCACUAGCUCGUUAGCUAACAGGUUAAAGUAACUUUAACGUGACUUUCAAUUUUAGAUAGUUUUACAAGUUAUUACGAUGGCUUAAGUUAUUCUGUUUUCCCCACGUUGAGUGGUUUAUCCAGAAGUCCACUCUGUAGGUCCAAACCAAACAUCGCAAACUUCAAAUUACGUUAAUGUAACGUUAACAUAGGUCAUAUAACGUGAAGUCUGAAGUAGAGCUAAAGUUAGCUAAUACAACGUUAUUGAAAAUGAGCUUUUUCACCACCGCAGCCAGUGCUGUGUACUUAUCACAUGGUGCUGAUGACAUUUAACCAAAAACAUCUAGUCUGAGUGGGUCACGAGAAACAUUCAAUUUUGUGGUCAACGUGUGUGUUUUCCAAGGACCACUAUUACGGGCACCACUGGAAACUCAGAUGUGGAAUCGGAUCUGGACAGGAAUACUCACCUCCGUAGACUAGUUGUUUCAAAACUUUUGCCUUAACUUCGACAUCAACAGCUAUUUUUAUGGGACUCCCGGAAUGUGACUAGUCUACAUAUGGACUAAUUUUAAUCGGAUAGCAAAUUUUGGUCCUGAAUGUUUUACAAUGGCAGACCGCAGGACAUUUAAUGUGGUCGUUCUUGGAAUAGGAUUUCUUUUUAUUUUUACCGCCUUUACAACACUUGGGAACAUCGAACAAACUGUGCUGAAGAGCAUUCAAAAUGACACAUUUGCUGGAAGUGGCUACCACAGUUUGGGUAUAAUUUAUGGAGUGUUUUCAUUCUCCAAUUUGCUGGCACCUACAGUUGUGGCCAUUACCGGACCUCAGCUGACCAUGUUUUUAAGUGGUAUACUCUACAGCGGUUACAUAGCAGUGUUCAUCACUCCAUACACAUGGUCCUUGUAUUUUACAUCAGUGCUGAUCGGCAUGGGAGCUGCUAUGCUGUGGACUGCUCAAGGACACUUCUUGGUUGACAACUCAGAUGCCUCAACCAUAAAUAGGAACACAGGAGUGUUCUGGGCGCUGUUGCAGUGCAGUAUGAUAUUUGGAAAUUUGUAUGUUUAUUUAGACUGGAGAGGAAAAGAUGAUAUCACAGAUGAGAAUAGAAGGACCAUGUUCAUAUCGCUGCUGGUGGUCUCUGUCAUUGGCACGCUGUGCUUCCUGACCUUAAGGUCUCCCCAGCGUCUUGAGGAGGUCAUCUCUGAGGAGGAGAGUCAGAGCUUGCUGUCCAAACACAUGAUAUACAAACAAAGAGCCAACUCAGCUGUGAAGGAGGCCAAGUCAGAAUUCAGGACAAUUCUGUCUCUCCUUGGCAGUAAAACCAUACUGCUCCUGAGUUGUUGCAUGGCCUACAGCGGUCUGGAGCUUUCCUUUUACAGUGGUGUGUAUGGCACAUGCCUCGGCUCAACCACACUCUUUGAAGACCAAGCUAAAGGCCUAAUUGGACUCUCUGGCAUAGUGGUCGGAGUUGGAGAGAUUGUGGGCGGAGGCCUGUUCGGCUUGGUGUGCAAGAACAAUCGUUUCAGACGCACCUCUGUAGUCUUCCUCGGGAUGGUCGUGCACUUUGUGGCGUUUUACCUGAUCUUCCUCAACAUCCCCGACGAUGCUCCAGUGGUUUUCUCAACCACCUCACAGCACCGACCUUAUUUAUCGCCCAGUGUGUCUAUUGCCCUGCUGUGUAGCUUUCUACUGGGCUUGGGAGACAGCUGUUUCAACACUCAGCUGUACAGCAUCCUUGGACGUGUGUAUGCAGAGCAAAGUGCCCCUGCUUUUGCCAUCUUUAAGUUUAUUCAGUCUAUCUGUGCUGCCGUGGCCUUCUUCUACAGUGGCUACCUCCUGCUGAGCUGGCAGCUGCUGAUCAUGGUGCUGCUGGGCUUCACUGGGACGCUCUGCUUCUUCAUGGUGGAGAGGAUGCAGAACUCUGGGGAGCUGCAGGAAUAACUUAGUAGCAAAACUCAAUCCCAGUGCCCAUCCAGCUUAUUGCCAAAGUAUACAGGACAUGAAGUCAUAGGAGUCUGUGUCACACUAAAAGAAAACUUGCGCUAAUUCAAUAAAGUAGCCUUGUUGUACAUAGCAGAAUUACAUAGCAGUAUAGCUUUUUUGUGAACCACUAAUUAUGUGUCUGGCCAUUUUAGAGGUUUGACUUGCUUGUUUGUUUUUUUUGCUUUUUAUGCCUUUAAUGUGAUAGGAUAGUGGAGAAUGACAGGAAGUGAGUGGGAGAGAGAGUCGGGGUGGGAUCCGGAAAGGACCGGAAAUUGAACCCAGGUCGUGUCGCCGGCGUACAGUGCAGGUGCUCCAGCCAAGCGUGCCAAAGCUGGGGCCUGCUUGUUUGUUUUUCCUUUCUUUCUUUAUUGUUAUGAUAAGAUGAACCUUUCAGAAUAGGUGUUUGUUGGUUCUUUUCUGUUUUUUUGUUUUGUUUGUUUGUUUAUUAUCUUCCUGUCGGGCUUUCGCAUUUCUCUCAGGUGUUUUAUUCAUAUCUUACUAAUAGCUGUAGGCUUGUGCACAAUUUAACUAUGCAUAUUUAUCUUGUUGUGUCACAGUAUAAUUUAAUUUGACUGUAAUUGUUUUGUGUUUUUUAUGCCAGAAGUAUGACUUUAUGCUGCACACAGACAGAUGCACUACAGAAGGUAUUAGGACUGGAAGCCAUAGCUGUCCCUAAGUCAGGUGAUAGAAACAAAGAAACUAUGCACCAAGGGCAUAGUCAUAUCACGAGUGUCAUUUUAUUUGCAUUUAUUUUAUUUCAUUUUUUUAUUAUUAUUAAUGAGUGUGCCUAUUAAGAGAAGUGUAGUUUCUCAAGAAAUGUCAAACAUCAAAAGAUUUUCCAUACAUUUCUUAAAAAGUAUACUUGACUAUUUUUAACUUUUAUUCUGAUUCAGAGCUGCCCAUUUCUAAAAUGUUUUAAUUAAUUAAUCUUUAAUUAUGUACAUUUUUCA